CGUAUUGCGCUGGAUAAAGGUUUUUAUUAAUUUUUAUUAUUAUUUUUUUGAAGAACAUGGCGAGUUUCGUGCUAUUUAAGGGAACCAAACGUGUAACCCUCAGAGAGGACUGCAGAAACAUUAACUGCGGUUAAACCAGUCGCUCUUCCUGAAACCAGUUAUUAACUGCACGUAAUUUUUUUUAGAUACUUUUAGACACUUCAGAAAACGGAAAACGAGCGUCCAUGAGCUCCUACACAACUAAAGCAAUGUAACGUUUUACAUAAUGAUAAUUUAAAUAAAUAAAUAACAUAACAUAAACGCACAGCAAUUCACAGUAUUGAUGAGAAUGCCCCUAAGUGUGAAUGAGUGUGUCACUGUGUGUGUGUACAUGGUGGCCCUGAUGGAUUUGUGUCCCCUGCAGUGUGUAUUCCUGCACUGUGCCCUGUGUCACCGGAAUGUGCUCCACUGGAAUAAAGUUCGCUUGACGUUGGACGUUCGAUAUUCGCAGAUAUGCGGAAAUUAAGGGACCGUCUCUAAAGUUACAUACGACAUUGAUAUACAUUUAUAUUUAUAUUUAUUUAUUUAUCAGACGCUUUUAUCCAAAGCGACUUACAAAUGAGAAAAUACAAGCAAAGCGAUAUAUCAAGCAGAGAACAAUACAAGUAGUCCUAACAUACAAGAUCCAUUAAUUGAGUUCUAGAAGAAGCAAAGUGCACAGAGUAGAGAUGAGAAAUGGAAAACAGGACAUUGAGAAGCUAUUCCCAAGUACUCCAAGGAGAACCACCAAAAACAACCUUGUUCAGAAAAGAAAUAAGUGGUAUAACAUACAGAAUCCCAGCUCUAAUCUACAUUGAUGACAGCCAAACCUUUCUUGCUUUUGCUGAGAAAAGAACAUCACCAUGUGAUUAUGACGCCACUCUCCUGGUCAUGAGGAGGGGAACACGGCAGAAUGGGUCCAUUCAGUGGUCACCUGUUCAGGAGCUUAGCACAGCUUGCUUGCCAGGACAUCGCACCAUGAACCCAUGUCCAGUCUAUGAGAAAGAAUCUAAGACUCUCUUUCUGUUCUUUUGCUGUGUGUUGGGUAAGACUACUGAGCACUGCCAGAUUUUUACUGGUAAGAACAAGGCUCGGCUGUGUUAUGUCACUAGCAAAGACAGUGGACAAACUUGGAGCAGCUCAACAGACUUGACAAAACGUGUUAUUGGACAUGAGAUUGGUAACUGGGCCACAUUUGCUGUUGGACCUGGGCAUGGCAUUCAGAUGAAGAGUGGCAGACUCAUCAUUCCUGCUUAUGUCUAUUAUAUUCAUUGUCGAUGUUUUCCCUUUUGUUUUCCACUAUGUGUAACAUCUCAUGCUUUUGCGUUCUAUAGUGAUGAUUGUGGGACCACGUGGUGCUUUGGAGAAAGAGUAAGUACUGAGUCUGGCGAGUGUGAGAUGGCAGAAAUUGUAGACCAGGGGUCGAGUGUGCUAUACUGCAACGCACGAAGCACUAAAAGUCACAGAGUCGAGGCUUUGAGCGAGAGCAGUGGCGCAGCUUUCGAUAGACCUCAUUUUGCACAGAAGCUAGUAGAGCCCUGUCAUGGUUGCCAAGGUAGUGUGGUGAGCUUUGUUGCACCUGAGGAAAAAGAGAACUGUUUAACACCAAAUACAAAGACUUGGCUCCUUUAUUCCCAUCCAACUGACAGAAUGAAGAGAAGGGCUCUUGGGGUGUAUUUGAAUAAAUCUCCUUUUAGUGGCUCUGGUUGGAGCAAACCAUGGAUCAUCCAUCACGGCCCCAGUGGAUACUCAGAUCUGACUCAAUACGAGGAGUCCGGUUGCUUUGCUUGCCUCAUGGAAUGUGGGAAGAAGAGUGAACUUGAAGAAAUAGCCUUUGUGGAGUUUUCUCUCUGUGAUUUCAUGAACAAUCAGUAGCUAGGUUUACAUGGUUAUUAAUAAUCUUAUGAAAAAUCAAAUACAGUCAUGUGGAAAAAAUAAGUACACCCUAUGGAAAUGAUAUAUAUUUGAACAAGCAAACAUUUGAUCCUCUUUGAAACAGUGCCCAUUGAUAAAGUUGAUACACUAUCAGAUGACAUAAAAUUGAUAUUUUGUAGUAAUUUUCACAAUUUAAAUGAACAAAAAACAGAUCAGUCACAUGGAAAAAGUAAGUACAUCCCUACAUUUAUCACACAUUCAAAUCCAUAAAAUUAGAAUGAGGUGUUUUAAGAUUUGGUGAUAACUAGAACCUGCGUAGGGAGUGCAGGUGGAACCGGUUUUAUUUAUACCCCCCUCAUAUCUAGUGUCUGGUGUUCCCUUUGAUAUUGAGGUGUGUGGUGUCAUCAUGCCAAGAUCUAAAGAGUUCUGUAAGAAAAAAGGUUGUGGAUGAUUGAGUAUGGCAAGGGAUUUAAAAAGAUCUCCAAAUUAUUUGAAAUACAUCAUUCCACUGUAAGGAAAAUCAUCUUCAAGUGUUGCAGAUUUCAAACAACUGCCAAUUUAUCCAGGACUGACUGUUCCAGCAAAUUCAGCCGAAGAGCAUUCCGUCUGAUGCCAAAAGAAGUCUCCAAGAACCCCAGAAUUUCAUCACAGGAUCUGCUAGUAAGGCUUGCAACUGUUGGUGUCAAAGUGCAUGCUUCUACAAUCAGAAAGAGGUUGCUCAAAUUUGACCUGUAUGGGAGAAGUGCCAGGAAAAAGCCUUUGCAAGACUACAGUGUGACAAUGAGCAUAUAAGCAAAGACCAGGUCUUUUGGAAUAAAACGGGGAGUACAUGCAAGAAAACCCUCAAACAUCUUGGAACUGAAAGAAUAUUGCAAGAAUAUUGCAGCAAGCCUGGUGGACAAUUAUGCAAAGCACAUCCAAGAAGUUCUGCUAAAGGGGGCAAUACAAGCUUCUGAGGCCACGGUUGUACUUACUUUUUCCACAGAAGAAUAUCACAUUGAUAUUUCUGUUGAAUAAAUGAUCAAUAAAGUGAAUUUCCCUUGUAGUUUUAUUAUUAAGUAUAUCAACUUCAUUAAUAGGCACCUUUUCAAAUAUGAUCAAAUGUUUGUUUGUCCAAAUAUGUCAAAAAAGCCAACAGUUUCCAUGGGGUGUACUUAUUUUUUUCACACAACUGUAUACACCUAAAUCAGAAUAAAUUCCUAUCACAGUUCAUUUUAAUUCUAUUUGUAUAAUGCUUUUUAACAACAAUUAUGGUCACAAAGAGGCUUUACAGAAAUUCAAAUGUAGAUCUAGAUCCCUAAUGAGCAAGACAGAGGUGACCGGGUUUGUUGAGAUGGAAAACUUUGCAAAUGUCCUAAUGUUAGCUAUAGUUACACUCUGGCCAUGUCCACAUUAAUAAUACUUGAAUACAGGACAUCUGAGUUUAUUUUGUAACCUGCAGCUUUAUAUUUAUAUUGUCAACUGCAAAAAACAACAACAAAACAAAUGUGAAAUUCAUUUAUCCUUUUUUUUUUGUUGUAUUGGAGCUGGUAUGUGUCAGACAAAGAGGAAAACUUACAAAGUGUAUAAAUGUCCAGAGUCCCCUUCCUAGUCUCAGCAUCGGACAUUCCACCCAAAGGCCAUGAUGCAUCUGAUAUCAUUUGUACACUUCUCUGGCCACAAGCCUCAGAAUCUUAAAGGCUACAGUUUGACUGGCCCUCUGUAUUUCCUUCUGCUGGUUGUCAGGCAAAAGUUUGGCAAAACAGCAAGAUUUUUAUUUAUUGAAUUAAUUUUUUUACUGUUAUUCAUCAGUGCCAAUGAUAUGCUAAAUACAUAUUUCUUUUUCAUCUCAUGCAAUAAAAAAAUUAUUACAGAAAUGUUUUAAUUCAAAUUAUCUUUUGUAAUUUUUCUAUACUCUCAUUAUCUUUAUCUACCCAAUCCCAAACAUGUAUAGAUCCAUCUGAAGCAGCAGAUAGCAAGGUUCUUGGUCGCCAUGGAUGCCACACAUGAGUAGUGACCACAAGACUGGCAUCAGCCUUUUCUUCACAUAAGUCAUGACCUCGAUGCACAAAAAUGGGCUGAGGCAUCUGUAAAUCGG